AUGCCUUGGGAUGCCCCGCUGGUCACUGGCAUCGGGGGCCAGUGGUCUCGUCCUGGGUUCGUGGUGAUGGAAGGGGGCCUGAGGGGCCGACCGAGCCCCCAGGCAGCUGCAGGCAGCUCCGGCCUGGCCCUGAGGGUCCUCAUCACCGCAGUCACGUGCCUUAGUAACUGUGCCCGGGAAGCGUGCUGCCGCUUGCUCACUGCUGCUGCUGCUCCUCCUCCCGCCCUCCCCUGCCACCUUCCACUGCUGACAGACGACCCCCCCCCCCCGACCUCCCCAGCUCCAGGGGAGGGCCCUGGAGACAUCAGCACACACCCCCACCCCCCCCCAAGCGCUGGCUGGUAG